UGUUGGAGCAGGUCACCUCUUGGACCUGGACUUGAAUUCUCUCAUUCUCUCUCAGCGGUGGUCAGUGCCUCAGCCUUCAGGGAUGGCUUCAGAAGAAGUGUGCAUUGCCAAGAAUGCUGUACCCAAGGCCCAAAGUGUCCGCAGCCCCCAGCAGCCCCAGGAGACCAAGGAACCCAAGGAUAUCCCCCCGGAGGCUGUGAAAGAGAACAUGGAUGCCAAGGAUGGGCUGGUGGAGCUGGCCCAACCAGCCAUGGGGGAGCCAGGUGGAGAAAGGGAAGAGGACGGAAUGGAGGCACAGCAGGAAGAGAAUUGGCUCUUCCUGGACCCAGAUAUACUGAGUUACAUUGACAUGCUGUUGUCCCAGGACGACUUGGUCAACAGGGUGGAGGAGGUCAUUCAAUCCCGAUUCGUGGCACAAUUACUUUCCUCAGAUUCGCAGUUGGAUCUCUCGGCUCUAACUAACGAGUUGUUGGAGCUGGAAGAAGGACUCGCUCUUAUCUGGCUGUUAGAGAAGCUGCACCUGUACGAGGAGGAGGAGGAAGAGGAGGAGGAUGAGCAGGCACCCCAGAGUGAUGGUGCACUCCAAUGUGACCCAAGUCCUUCUGAGUCUGUGGCCAGCCAAGAUGCCCAGAGAGAUGACCACGGCCCCCAGCUGGAGGUCAAUGGCAAAGCCUGCCCACCGGAGACUGACAUCAAGGAUGAUCAAAGGCCUGGUCAUGCAGAUGUCCACCUGUCCAGUCUCCAAGCCUUUGCUGCCCCUUCAGGAUGUCUGGAGUGCCCACCCCUCGGGGCUAUAUGCCCUCCCUCUUCUCCCCAGAGUCCCAGGCGCACUGAUUCUGACCUGGGACCCAGGGAUGCCACCAUUCCCAGGGAGGUCUCUCCUGUCAGGGGGAACGGCGGGCCAGUGGACAGGUCCAGUGAGAAGGAGGGGGACCUCCCCUCCCUGGCCUCUCCUAAGAGCCUGUCACCCAGUGCUCGCUCUCUGAGUCCUGACCCUGCCUCGGGCCUUGCCUGCCCUGAAGGUCAAGGGCCCCGGAAAGCUGCUCGGUCCCAGGCUCCAAAGAGAAAGAGUGAGCAGUCUGUCGCGGGGAGGGGGAGGAAGAGGAAGAGGUACUGCAGCCAGCGUGGAGCAGUGGGGGGCCCCUCCUGCCCUCAGUCAGGCGACCCAAACUAAAUGGGACCUGGCUGUGCCCCAGAGGAGCCCAGGGCUCCUUCUCAUUUCAGAGCUGAUCCUGGCUGUUCUAGGGAUUUGGGA